AUGAGCGAUGAUAUUAGUUCAAUAAAAAAAGAAUUUGAGGCUUAUUGCCCUAUAUGUUAUAAUGAAUAUGAUAAAGAUAUAACAAAAACAUCAAGGUUACCUUUUUCGUUAACCUUGUGUGGACAUACUUUUCAUAAAGAAUGUAUAAUGAAGUGGUUUGAAAGUGGAAAAUUAAUUUGUGCAAUUUGCAGAAAGGACUACUCAGAUUUUGAUGCAACUUCAAUUUUAUCCUUAAAUCAAGAUCAUUUAAAAUAUUUGCAAGAAAUUAAAAAUGAUAAUUCACCUUCGAUUUCCCCAAUAUUAAUAAAUUAUGAAAAUCCCUCAAUUAUCCAUCAACAACCUGACAAUAAUAAUAACAACGACAACAACGAAAAUAAUAAUAAUAAUAAUAAUAUUAAUAAUAAUAAUAAUAAUAAUAAUAAUAAUAAUAAUAAUAAUAAUAAUAAUAAUAAUAAUAAUAAUAAUAAUAAUAAUAAUAAUAAUAAUAAUAAUAAUAAUAAUAGUAUGAAUCACAAUGUUGAAAUUUUUGAAAAUAAUGUACCUAUUAACAGAUUAAAAAAAAUAAAAAGCAAAUUAAAGUUAAGUUUUUGCCCUCCAUACUGUAAUAUAUGCGAAGUUAUUGUUAAUACCGUAUUAAGUUUAUUUAUUAUUGGCUCACUUGGUUUAUUGGGGUACUGCAUUUAUCUUUUAAUAAAAUAA